AGCGGCUGAUGUAUCUAUAGCACCGGAGAGAGUGGUCACGUCAGGUUCCCUCAUCCAUGCUCUGCAUCUUCCAUUGCGAUUCCGUUUCUGAGAGAAACUCAAAAGAAAGAAAGAAAGAAAGAAAAAGAGAGAGAACAACUGUGCUUCUCAUUCACAGUGCCCAAAUUCUCUAAACUAUUCCCAAGCACAGACCCUUUUCCAUUAGGAACAGGGUUCUGCUUUGAGAUCUUAAAUCUCAAAGAAGAACCAAACCAAAAUCAAAUCAAAAACCUUUCUGAUCUGUUCUGAAUUUUCAUGCACUGAGAGUCAAUCUCUCAAGAUGGGUAUCGUGUUUACGAAAAUGUUCUCUACUCUCUUCGGAAACAGAGAAGCUCGGAUCCUCGUUCUCGGCCUCGACAAUGCCGGAAAGACAACCAUCCUCUAUCGGCUUCAGAUGGGAGAGGUUGUGUCCACUAUUCCAACAAUUGGAUUUAAUGUGGAGACGGUCCAGUAUAAUAACAUCAAAUUCCAAGUAUGGGAUCUGGGUGGACAGACAAGUAUCAGGCCAUAUUGGAGAUGCUAUUUUCCAAAUACUCAAGCCAUAAUUUAUGUUGUUGAUUCAAGUGACACUGAUAGGCUGGUCAUAGCCAAAGAUGAGUUUCAUGCAAUUUUGGAGGAAGAAGAAUUAAGAGGUGCUGUUGUUCUCAUUUUUGCAAACAAGCAGGAUCUUCCUGGUGCACUUGAUGAUGCUGCUGUUACUGAGGCUUUAGAGUUGCACAAGAUAAAAAACCGCCAAUGGGCUAUUUUUAAAACUUCUGCUAUAAAGGGUGAAGGUCUCUUUGAGGGCUUGGACUGGUUGAGUAACACACUCAAGUCUGGAGGUGGCUAACUCUCUCAGUUCCAGAAAAGAAUUAGAAGCUUGCUGCUGCAUGACCAGAACAGAACUAAGAGGGGGUGACAGCAUUCAAUUCGUAACGACUUCGUGGUAGAGAUUUUAUGGGUGCAGUUAUGUCACUUGAACUUUUCUGAUUAAUUUGGGAGUAAACGACUAGUAUACAUGUAAAAUUUAUCAUCAUAGAUAUAUGACAACUUGGCUCUUAUUAUUUGUUGCGUCACUUCUCCGUAUUUUCUAUGUUAAUCGCAUACAUUUUUUCUCUGAUUGCUUUCUGCUUCUGGGGCAAUUUUCAAAAUUUUCUUUCUAAUUGUGAUGUGGUAAUUUCUAUGUUGGCUGGGAUGCACAGUGACUUUAUUUGACUCAUUUCCGUAUACUACUUCCUUUAUCACACUUC